AUGAACGAAGUUGAGUAUGAAGCCUUGCCUGAAAAUUCGUCUAUUGCGGUAAACUUAAUAGCUGGUGCAUUAGCGGGUAUAGGAGAACACACAAUCAUGUACCCAGUUGAUAGUAUUAAG